CCGGGCAUACCACCACGAAUCCUCAGCACUUAUUAUUAAACCCUAAAAAUGAGAUGCACUCGGAAUCUUUUGAAAUAAGCGGAAAGGCGGGCCACACGUUCACCCGUCAUACCUUCGCUCACCCGUCAUCCUCUAAAUUCCUCACGGACAGCAUAUACAACGCACGGCGUCUUUUAAUCCAGAGGGAGAGAGACAGGCGUCAUCAUGUGUGGGAUUCUUGCGGUGUUCGGUUGCACUGACAACUCUCAGGCUAAGCGGUCCAGAAUCAUCGAGCUUUCUAGAAGGUUGCGUCACAGAGGACCGGAUUGGAGUGGAUUGCAUUGUCAUGGUGAUUCUUAUCUUGCGCAUCAACGACUAGCAAUAGUUGAUCCUACCUCCGGGGAUCAGCCAUUGUACAAUGAAGACAAAAGCAUUGUUGUCACGGUCAAUGGUGAAAUAUAUAACCACAAAGAACUGAGGGAAAAGCUGAAGUCUCAUCAAUUUCAUACUGGCAGUGAUUGUGAAGUCAUUGCCCAUCUUUAUGAAGAAUAUGGAGAAGAUUUUGUUGAUAUGUUGGAUGGAAUGUUCUCUUUUGUGCUUCUUGACACUCGCAACAAAUGUUUCAUUGCUGCUCGGGAUGCUAUUGGCAUUACACCUCUUUAUAUGGGCUGGGGACUCGAUGGUUCUAUAUGGUUUGCUUCAGAAAUGAAAGCCUUAUGCGAUGAUUGUGAGAGAUUCACAAGUUUUCUUCCUGGACAUAUAUAUUCAAGCAAAAGUGGAGGUAUUAGAAGAUGGUACAACCCGCAAUGGUAUCUGGAGCACAUUCCUUCUACUCCAUAUGAUUCUCUCCUCUUACGCAAGGUUUUUGAGAAGGCAGUGGUUAAAAGGCUAAUGACAGAUGUACCCUUUGGUGUACUUCUGUCAGGUGGACUGGAUUCAUCUCUUGUUGCCGCUGUGGCUAACCGCUAUUUAGCCAACACUGAAGCUGCCCGCCAAUGGGGAUCACAGUUGCAUACUUUUUGCAUUGGUUUGAAGGACUCUCCUGAUUUAAAAGCUGCUAAAGAAGUGGCAGACUACCUUGGGACUUGUCACCAUGAGUUUACAUUUACAGUGCAGGAAGGGAUAGAUGCACUUGAUGAAGUUAUAUACCAUAUUGAAACAUAUGAUGUGACCACUGUCAGAGCCAGUACACCAAUGUUUCUCAUGUCCCGUAAAAUAAAAUCUCUGGGAGUGAAAAUGGUUCUAUCUGGAGAAGGUUCUGAUGAAAUCUUUGGCGGUUACCUGUAUUUUCACAAGGCACCAAACAAGGAGGAGCUUCACCGGGAAACUUGUCAAAAGAUCAAGGCUCUGCAUCUGUAUGAUUGCUUGAGAGCCAACAAGUCAACUUCUGCAUGGGGUGUUGAGGCUCGUGUGCCCUUUUUAGACAAGGAAUUCAUCAACGUUGCAAUGAGUAUUGAUCCAGAAUGGAAAAUGGUGAAGCCUGAUCUUGGAAGAGUUGAGAAGUGGGUCCUACGCAAUGCUUUUGAUGACAAACAGGAACCUUACUUGCCAAAGCAGGUAUAUGGAAGUACCAACCACAACCCACCUAAAUGCAGUAAAGCAGAUUCUCAGGUAUGUCAAAGGGACAGUUGAUUAUGGAUGUGUGUACAAAAGAACACACACAAAUGAGGGGUUGAUUGGCUACAGGGAAAAUGAUUUAGCCAGGGAUGUGGAUGACAGAAAAAGCACUACAGGAAUCUUGUUUUUCCUGAAUCAAAGCCUUAUCACAUGGGUGUCUGAGAAGUAAAGAAUUGUUGCAUUGUCAUCUUGUGAAGCAGAGUACAUUGCAGCAACAGGUGGGGCAUGUCAGGGAAUUUGGCUUACAAAACUAAUGGAGAGCAUACUCGAAGAUGUCAGCAUGAAGCCAGUAUUACGUGUGGAUAAUAAAUCAGCUAUAACUUUGGCCAGAAACCCUGUCCAUCAUGAAAGAAACAAGCAUAUUGAUACUAGGUAUCAUUUCAUCCGGGAGUGUGUUAAAAAAGAACUGAUUAACUUGGAGUAUACAUAGACAGAAGAACAAAUAGUUGACAUUCUUACAAAACCACUUGGAAGGAAUAGGUUUGCAGAGUUGAGGAACAAACUUGGAGUACAACACAUGAAGGGAGUACAACAAGUUUAAGGGGGAGAAUGUUGUGUUUAAACAUGUUGUUAUGUUACGUUUUAUUUAGUGUUUAAUUUCUUUUGGUGUCAAUUUUAUUUAUUCAAAAUAAACUUGUACGUGUGCAUGUAGUGUUGAAAAUGUCAAGGCCAACAUGCACACACGUAGGAGUAAACGUAGGAGUAGGUUACAUGGGUAGUUAUCUGCACUCUUGCAUUACUAUUUAUGUUGCUUUGUGGUAGGGUUUUUGUAUCCAAUUGUACCAGAUUUUUCCCCUAUGAAUGAAAGAAAACC